ACCCGGAUCAAGCAUAUCGACACGAUGUUCGCGAUCCUCUGGGGGUGGGACGGGGACGGGAUGCAGGGGGAGCUGGUGGAGCGACAGCACUGGGCGUCGAAGCCGUACCGCGAGUUGUUCCGCCGCAGCUUCGACGCGGUCGCGGCGACGCACUCCCACGAGACGGCGCAGGAAUGGCGCGCGCUGGUUCACGCGA